AUGGAUGGAGAAGCCGAAACCUUUACAUCCAAAUUGCUUGGUGCCAAUUCAAGGCUCUACUCGGCAUCAAAUUACUUGAAGAUCAGAUCCUCUUCUUCUGAAGGAUACGAUAUAAUACAAUACAAAUCCCACCUCAUCUUAGCCUGUACUAACCCACACAAUGCUGAUCUCACAUCACACACUCUCACCCUCGCCACUCUACAUCAGAUAACCCAUGCCAUGCCUCGGACAAUGGUCGCAAAGCAAGGGUUUUGGACUGUCACCAAGACUUGUGUUCUCAAAGUGAACAUUCACUGUGAUGGGUGUAAGCAGAAAGUGAAGAAACUCCUUCAGAGAAUUGAAGGUGUUUACCAAGUUCAAAUAGAUGCUGAACAGCAGAAAGUAACGGUUUCAGGUAGUGUGGAUUCUGCAACCUUGAUCAAGAAGCUGGUCAGAGCGGGUAAAUAUGCCGAGCUCUGGUGUCAGAAAAAUCAGAACCAAAAGCAGAAGAGCAACAAUGCGAAGGAUGACAAGAACAAAGGACAAAAGCAAGCACUUGUCAAGGGACUUGAGGCCUUCAAAAACCAGCAGAAGUUUCCUGCAUUUAGUUCUGAGGAGGAUGAAUACUACUCAGAAUAUGAAGACGACGACGAUGAGGAAGAUGAAGAAAUGCGCUUUCUCAGGGAGAAAGCCAAUCAACUGCAGAUGCUCAAGCAGCAAGCGGCUAAUGCAAAUAAUGUGAGGAAAAGUAUGGGAACCAUUGGAGCAGGUGCCAACACUGGGAAGAUGAACAAUGGUGGUGGCAAUGCCAAUGGUGGCAAGAAAGGAGGCCCAAAUCAGAAUUUGGGAAUGAAGGAGAAUCCUACUAGGGGGCUUGAUCAGAAAACAAUGGCAGCCCUUAAAUUGAACGGUGGCCACCUGGGUGGCGAAGGCCUCAACCUCAACCUCGGUGAAGCCAAAAGGGCCAAUGACAUUGGUGCCAUGAUGAAUUUAGCUGGUUUUAAUGGAAAUGGUGCUAAUGUUGGUAGUGCCACUGUUCUAGGGGCUAAUAAUACUAAUGGCAUGGGAGGUUUUCCUGUUCAGUCCAAUAAUAUGAUUCCAGGGUCCUCUGCAGCUUUUUCAAAUGGUGGUAUUGCUGCAGGUCAAUAUCCAUCUUCUCUGCUAAUGAACAUGAAUGGCUUCAAUAACCAUCCGUCCCCAUCUCCAUUGGUGAUGAACAUGAACAUGCAGGCUAGACAAGCCAUGCAGCAACAGCCCCAGAUGAUGUAUCACAGGUCUCCCUUUAUUCCCCCUAACACUGGCUAUUACUACAACCAUAGUAAUAGCUACAGCCCUGCACAAUACUCCUAUUCCUAUGGCUUGCCUAGUUACCCUGGGGGCGAUGAUCACUCUGCAGCUCACAUGUUCAGUGAUGACAAUACCAGUAGCAGUUGUUCUAUAAUGUAA